AUGGAUGCCCCUCUCAUGAAGCUUCAUAUGGCGCAUCGUGUCCUUGAACAACCACCUGGAGCCCAGGUUUGGCAGAGGGUUCAGGAGAGCGUCGUGAAGGCCCUGGAGUCCUGGAGGCAAUGGGCUGAGCAGCAUAGUCCUUUUGGAGCUGUGUGGCCCAAGCUGUCAGCAUCAGCAAGGCCUUUUGCUUCUCUGUUUGCUACACAGAAUGCAACGACGGCCAGGUCGGCAGAUGUGCAUGCAUGCUCAUGGCUGCAGAAGCGGGAAUGGUGCAUAAGAGGAAAAUCGCAAAAGCAGGCAAUGAAGAUCGAUGAAGACUUUGCUCAGCAGCAAGGCUUCAAGUAA